AUGACUGGCAAGCCCACAGACAAGAAGAACACGCUCAGCGGCACGGACCUCAUCCAUGCCGACGACGAGCUUCACGGUCCAGAGGUUGCGCCGUCGUUGUCUGUGUCCACCACCUUCCGAGCUCCUAAACCUCACGACGGGCCGAAGGCCGAGUUCGACACCUGGAAUCCCACACAGCACAUCUACUCGCGCUACACCCAGAAUGUGAGCGGUCGCGCUGAGCGAGUCCUCAGUAAGAUCAACGGUGGAUAUGCCCUGACCGUGGCCUCGGGUCUCUCGGCAACCUAUACCGCGCUGGUUUAUUACACGCCCAAGCGCGUGGCUAUCACGGGGGGCUAUCACGGAUGCCAUGCUACCAUUGAAGUAUUUAAACGUGGUCGGAAGGACAUGCCCAUCAUCGACAUCGAUGACGAGUUCCAGCCUGGCGACUUGUGCUGGCUCGAGACGCCCCUCAACCCCACCGGUGUGGCAAGGGACAUCAAGUACUACGCCGACAAAGUCCACGCCGCCGGAGGGCAUUUGGUCGUGGACUCUACUUUUGCGCCGCCUCCGUUGCAGUACCCAUUCAAGUGGGGCGCCGACAUGAUUAUGCACAGCGGAACCAAAUACUUCGGUGGACACUCUGACUUGCUUUGUGGCGUCUUGAUAGUUCCUACUUUGGAGCAGUGGAAAGAGCUAUGGCCCAUCCGGACAUUCCUUGGUAACAUGAUGGGCUCGCUUGAAUCAUGGCUCCUGCUCCGUUCCCUUCGCACCCUCCACCUUCGCGUCCCGAGACAGUCCGAUAACGCCUUUGGGCUGGCUCAAUGGUUGUCCAAGGCCGCAGGGGGCAAGUCCCACGACGGUAUACCAGCGGAGGUAAUAGAGACCGUGUGGCAUUCCAGCUUGCAAGGCAGGGACGCCCGUGGGUUUGACCCCCAGACGCAGCUGGAGGGUGGAUGGAACCCAACGUUUGCCAUUUUUAUGACGAACGAGAAGUACGCGGCGUUGUUGCCGCAUUCCCUCAAGUACUUCAUCCCUGCGACAAGCUUGGGCGGUGUCGAGUCCCUGAUAGAGCAACGUGUGCACUCAGACCCUGGGGCAGACCCUAGGCUGAUUCGCAUCAGCGUGGGCGCCGAGGAUCUGGAGGACUUGAAGGAUGAUCUGAGACAGGCUUUUCAGGCGAUUGUCAAGUCGACCAAAGCCAAGCUGUAG